GGGUUUAAUAAAGCACAGUGAUGUUUUCAGGGGGGUCUUGGUGCAUCCCCAGCCCUGCACUCAUAGGACCCUUCUGUCCCCCAGCAAACAACGGAGGGGGGAAGAGCCCAGACCCCCAGAGGGCCCCAACCCGGGGUGCCACCCCCGGCACCCCCCGUGUCGGGCUCCCCCUUAUUUCACUCCGUGCACUUUAACCACCCUCCCGCGGGGCCGCAGCGCUGGGAACGGGCGCAGGGAGCUGGGGGCGGCCCCUGGGGCUCUGCCCUCCCCCCCCUCCCAUCGCACCCCUCCCCGGAGGCGGAAACCAGGGCCGGGCCGGGCCGGGGCCGGUCUCCCGCAGCGCCCGGCGCCGCUCCCGGCUGCCAUUUUAAGGUGAACAAAGAGGCGGAGGCGCGGGCAGUGGAUCUGCUUACGGAGAGAGCCUCAGGGUUAGCACUGCCCUUCAGCUUUUCUGAAGCAUGAAGACCUAUGACAGCCCCCCCACGGGCUACGGGCCCCCCACGGGCUACGGGCCCCCCACGGGCUACGGGUCUCCCAUGGGUGAUUAUGGCAACGGCACCGGUGCUCGCUCUCCCCCACCGGGCUCCUACUACAUGGAGGAUGUGCCGCAGCACUUCUACAAGUGGAGCUCGCCACCCAGCGUGGUGCGGAUCCUGGAGGUGGUUGUCAUCCUGCUCUGCAUCGCCAUCUUCGCCUGCGUGGCCUCCACCCUGGCCUGGGAGUAUGGCUAUGGCUACGGCGGGCUCUAUGGCAGCAGCUUGGGGGGCUUCUAUGGCUCCGGCUACUACGGCAGCGGAUUAAACUAUGGCUACGGCUACGGGAGCUACUAUGGCGGCGUUACCAACCCACGAACAGCCAACGGCUUCAUGAUCGCCAUGGCCGUGCUGUGCUUCCUGGCACAGCUGGGGCUCUUUGUGGCCAGCAUCAGCAAAUCACACAGCUCCCGCUCCCGCCGCUUCUACCUGGUGGUGAUCGUGGCCUGCGCCGUGCUGGCCUUCCUCAUGCUCAUCGCCUCCAUCAUCUACGUCGUCGGCGUCAACCCCCAGGCGCAGAUGACCGGCAGCUACUACUACAACCCCUUGCUUACCAUGUGCAACCAGAUCUACAGCAGCGGCACCUACCUGAACCAGUACCUCUACCACUACUGCACCGUGGACCCCCAGGAGGCCGUGGCCAUCGUCUGCGGGUUCCUCAUCGUCAUCCUGCUCUGCCUCAUCUGCUUCUUCGCUCACAAGACACGGAGCAAGAUCUGGAGGUACGGGAAGCAAAAUAUCUACUGGGACAAGGUGCCGGUGGUCCCGGAGGGUCCCAACGUGGAGGAGUGGGUGAAGAACGUGGCAGAUGGGACCAGCGUGCAGGACGAGACCGCCACGCUCGCCUACUCGGAGAAGCCAAUGAGCCCCAUCACUGCGCUGCCCUACAGCCCCCCUGCAUACAGCUACAGCCCCCAGGACAGGUUGUGCCCCCCUGGCACCUACAGCACCCACGGUGACCAGCUGGACAAGGGGCUCAGCCCCAGUGUGCCGGAGGAGAAGUCCAGCAGAGCCCCUGCGCGCCGUGGGCGCCGCCGCCGCCGCCACCCUGACCUGGAAGACUCCCAGUAUGAGACCGACUACACCACAGCCGUGGAGUCCGGCGACGAGCGGGACCAGGAACAGUGGGAGAGCCUCUACCCACCCAUCACCUCGGACGGCACCCGGCAGAGGUACAAGCAGCAGUUUGACACGGACCUGAAGCGCUACCGGCAGCUCCGCGCCGAGGUGGACGGGGUCAGCGACCGCAUCAACCAGCUCAGCAAAGAGAUCGACAGCAUCUCUGAGGACAGUCCCCAGUACCAGGAUGUUGCUGAGGAGUACAACAGGCUGAAGGACCUACAGUGGAGCCCUGACUACCAGGCAAAGAAGCUGGAGACCAGAACCCUCCGCAACAAACUCUUCCACAUCAAGCGGAUGGUGAAAGCCUACGACAAGGUGCGAGGGUAGCCUGUGCCACCCCCAGCACCACCACCGCAGGAUGGGCUUGAGGGGGCUCCCCAUCCACCCCCCAAAGGGUUUUGGUGCCUUUUGUACCUUUGUUUCUAUUGACAAAAUCCAAAGCCACCAUUCAAAGCCACCCCAUGAUGCUGGUGCCAAGGGCGCUGGGGCUGCUGGAGUGCCCCCUCCAUGCUCCCCCCACUUCUUGUGCCUUUGGGGCUGUGGGUCCCCUCCUGCUGUUGUCAAUAUGUCGGGGGGGGGGGGGGGGGGUUGCAGCCCCCAUCUGUCUCUGCCAGCACCAGGGUCUGGGUACCAAAUGUGGCUGCAGCCCCACAGGGAUGUGCUGGAUGGAGCUGAGCAUCCCUCAGUGGGGCUGUUGGGGGGCAAAACCCCACAUUCCCUGAGCCCCCCCUUUAGGCAGGGAUCAUCUUUUAUAAGGAACUGGCUGAAACUGUGUAAUUUUCUUUUUUAAUAUUAAAUAAAUUGUAUCUAUUGAUUUUAAA